AUGCAGACCGCACCGCCCGUGCUGUCGUUGUUCCUGAUCAUCCUGAGCUACUCAGGAUGGACGAACGGGCUGUGCAACCUGGAGAACGGUACCGUAGCCCGCUGUAACGAACUCAAGGAUGUCAAGUACAUCGAGACCUACGAUCUCGACACAUUAAAAGCUCCUGUCCUGGAGUCGGUUCUUCGUCCGGGUUAUUUCACCAAUCUGGCGAGCCUGCGACAUUUGGAUCUCUCAGUGGGCGACCUGAAACACAUCGAGCCAGGAUCUUUCCACGGAUUGACCAACCUCAGAAGUCUAAACCUGGCGGAGAAUCGAAUCGCAAGUUUGGAGUUAUCAGCUGUUCGAGACUUGAAUCAUUUGCAUAGUCUGAAUCUUCGUAAGAAUAAUCUCCAUCAAUUGCCGCCGGUUGUGGCCGACUUAAAGUCCCUCAGACACCUUGACGUUCAAGGUAAUCCGUUGCAAUGCAACUGUGCGACGCUUCUAAUCCGAGAUCUGAUUAUGAAAAGGAACGUGAAGAUCUCGAAGAAAGUUAUCUGCGCGGGGCCAAGCAACAUGAAGGGUACGCCUAUGUUUAAACCGGAUACUACGAUCGUCUGCAAUCUCGAGGAGCAAGAUCGUGAAAUGCAAAAGGAUCAGGCAUACAACGAGUCCGACGAGGAGUAUGGUUCAGGCGACGACAUCGACAAGAAAGUCGACGACGACGAAUUCGUAGAUAUUCCAGAUGCAACUUCGGAACCCGCAAAACCGGUGGAACUCGAGACACCCGCUCCAACAACCGUGUGCUCGCCUGACGAUUGCCUUGUCGACAAUGUUUCGGAAAAUGAUGGAGAUAUCAUUCUGUCGGAGGACGAGGUACCGAAAAAACUGGAAGUAAAGAAGGUAUACAAGGACGCCUUGUUCUCGCCAGACGAAGGGUCCGGGGACGAACUGGAAGGUUCUGGAGAAGGUUCCGGGAAUGUUACGAUUUUCGAUGGUUGGGGAAAGGCUGGCGAUGUGGAUGAGACCACCGACACCGAAGAGGAAUCGCAGUCUCUAGGCGACAAGCUGUUAGAUACGUUAUUCAAUGUGUUAUUGAGCACCACUAAGGCUCCUGAAACGAAAAAGGACUUGAACCUGGAGGAGGAACAGUUCAUUGACGCGUCCGUGACCAAAGAAGCCGACGAGACAACCGCGGUGCCAGAAAAAGCUAAUGUCGACGAAUCAGUGCCAGUCACCGGUAGCACUAUCAAAGUAGACAUAAAUGCAACCACGAUACCUCCUAGCGACGGGGUCGAGUUACUUGACGGUGAACCGCACGAUCACUCGAAGACGGGCAAAGUGAAAACUGACGAAGAGGAUCUCAACGAUAAAUUAGCUGAAGUGUCCCCAGCGAAACAGUCCAAGAAGGGGAUGGGUUCCUACGUUGUGCUUGCGGCUCUGCUAGCAAUCUUGGCGACCCUGAUUGUCUUUGCAGCUUACAAGGGUGACUUCUGCAGAAAGAAGCGAAAACGCGGUGACGUUGAAAAUGGCACCGAUAUGAAAGACAUGCAGAAAGCUCUUCUGGAUACGGGGAACGCAACGCAGCCGAAGGUGGUGACGAACGGGACUAUGGAGAACGUGCCUCUGGUCGAGGAUUCGAUUGAUCACGAGGAGACGAAGAGGUCAGACGUUCAUCGGACCGAGAUGGAAGUGUCCAGACCAUCGAAUGGCACCUUGGAACGCGUGGACCCGGUGAAACCACCCAGACGAACCAACGAGCCGUCCAGUCCCGAUAGGGACUCGUUAAAGAACGAUUCGUCGCCCGCAAGGACGAGUCCCGUGGAUGUUACAGUGAAUAACGGCCCGUCGACAGAUGUCAAUGGUCCCCCGUUAAGCCCAGGUGCUCAGAGAGUGAAGAUCACCCUGCAGGAAAAUCCAGACAGCGUGCCAAGAACGCCUAUACUCAUCACGAGAACGAUGGUCGGCGAGAAUCUAGUCAAGGCGCCGUGAAAUUGAUUUCCGGUGAUGAUGGUCGACGACAGACGACAACAUACGCUGUUCAAUCCACCACCGUAACGAUCGAUUAAGAGGGAGCAAGAGACGAAGAAAAUACGAAUGCGAGAAAAGAAACGGUAACAGACAGGAUGUGGUGGGCGCUCGAUUGUGUGCGUCGAUUUCGAAGGAUUCAUCAGUGAUGAUAGUGCUCCUAGGGCCAUGUAUCA